AAGAGACGUUGAGAGGGAGCUGGUGGUCUGCGGAGUGUUAAAUUGUAAUCCUAGCGUUUCAACAGUUGAUGUGCAAGGAGGGUACGCAGAACACAUUGACACGAGAUUGUUUUUGGAGAUACGCAGAAACUGGACCGUUGACAGUCACCUUACAGCCGUCAUGCAUUGGACUUAGUAAAAAGAGCAAGGGCAAUGCUAUCACCGAGCUGUUUUACCCCGCAUCAAUGCAGCAUGCAAGAGGGAUGAUCACAUUUAUGAUAUCCGGUCUGGAUCUAUAUUUUCCUAUUGGGAUCUUCAUAUACCACAUGAGCUCAUGCACCACGGCUAUUUCAUUUUGAGAGAACUCGAUUGCGAUUAUGCCACAGACGAGUCUGGGCGUUCCGCUGAAUUUAAAUUAGGUGUAAGGCAUCACCGUUUGUAAUUAAAAAGGACGGAAAGCAAGGCCAGAGAGGAACUAAAGAUCAUAAAACCAAACGGAAAAUGACUUUUCAUUCUGUUAUGAACGGGACUGUCGCCUAAUUGCAAUUAAGUGUCGGGAUUGUCAGUUUGCUGAACAAAUCAACAGGUCGGAAUCAAAAAACGCAUCUCAAAAUAAAAGCGCGUCGCAUCGUAAAGGGGAUGUAUCUGUCCGUUUUCUUCUUUCUCUUGCUGUGGGCACAAGCCCUUACACUGAAAAACUUAAAUUAUUCCAUCCCCGAGGAACAGGGGCCGGGGACUGUGCUUGGGAACAUUGCCAAAGACGCCAGACUGGGACCGGGAGAGCGGGGCAAAAAAUCCAACUUCAGGGUGUUGGAGAAUUCAGCCCCGCAUCUCAUUGACGUGGACCCUGAAAGCGGACUGCUGUAUACGAAGCAGCGGAUUGACAGGGAAACACUGUGUCGACGAAACCCCAAGUGCCAGCUUUCAAUGGAAGUGUUUGCCAACGACAAGGAAAUCUGCAUGAUUAAAGUGGAAAUACUGGACAUAAACGACAAUUCGCCCAGCUUUCCCUCUGAUCAGAUCGAUAUUGACAUUUCUGAAAAUGCGGCUCCAGGAACACGCUUCCCGCUAACAAGCGCGCACGACCCAGAUUCUGGGGAGAAUGGGUUGAAAACCUACCAGAUCACACGAGAUGAUUACAAUAUAUUUUCUUUGGAUGUAAAAUCCAGAGGCGACGGCACAAAGUUUCCAGAGCUAGUCAUUCAGAGACCGUUAGACAGAGAGGAGCGUAGCCAUCACACCCUCAUAUUAACAGCAACCGAUGGAGGGGAAUAUCCAAGAUCAGGAACCAUGCAAAUCAAUGUGAAGGUUAUUGAUUCUAAUGACAACAGCCCGAUGUUCGAACAGCCUUCCUAUACGGUAGAUGUUCCUGAAAACUCCGCCCUGGGAAAAGUGCUGAUAGACUUGAACGCAACUGAUCCAGAUGAAGGGAGCAAUGGCCAAGUGGUUUACUCUUUCAGCGGUUAUGCACCCGACCGGAUCAGAGAGCUGUUCUCCAUUGACCCCCGAACAGGUGUCAUUAAGAUUCAGGGAGAAAUUGAUUAUGAGGAAAACCCAAUUAUAGAGAUUGAUGUUCAGGCAAAAGACCUUGGGCCCAACCCGAUUCCAGGUCACUGUAAAGUGACUGUUAAGGUGGUGGACAGGAAUGACAACUGGCCAUCCAUAGGGUUUGUGUCUGUGCGUCAAGGGGCCAUCAGUGAGGCUGCCCCUCCAGGAACGGUCAUUGCACUGGUCAGAGUCACGGACAAGGACGCGGGACGGAACGGGCAGCUCCAGUGCAGAGUUCUGGGUAAUGUGCCUUUUAAGCUUGAGGAGAACUACGACAACUUCUACACCGUGGUUACUGACCGGCCUCUGGACCGGGAGGUGCAGGACGAGUAUAAUGUGACGAUCGUGGCCAAAGACAAUGGGAUCCCACCGCUCAACUCCACAAAGUCGUUCACUGUUAAGAUCUUGGACGAGAACGACAAUGCGCCCCGCUUCACUAAGUCCGUCUACCUGCUUCAGGUGCCUGAGAACAACAUCCCUGGGGAGUACCUGGGCUCUGUCCUGGCCCAUGACCCAGACCUGGGCCAGAACGGGACCGUGUCGUACACCAUCCUGCCAUCAAAUGUGGGUGAUGUCUCCAUCUUCACGUACGUCUCGGUCAACCCCACCAAUGGUGCCAUCUAUGCCCUGCGGUCAUUUAACUAUGAGCAGACAAAGUACUUUGAGUUCAAGGUGGUGGCUAAGGACUCAGGCUCCCCUCACCUGGAGAGCAACGCCACGGUCAGGGUGAGUGUGCUGGACGUCAAUGACAACGCGCCAGUCAUUGUGCUGCCCCUCCUCCAGAACGACACCGCUGAGAUCCACGUGCCCCGCAACGUAGGCGUGGGCCACAUUGUCACCACGGUGAGGGCGGUCGAUAACGACUACGGUGAGAGUGGGCGGCUGACCUAUGAGAUUUCUGAUGGCAAUGAGGACCACCUGUUUGAGAUGGACUCAGUCACUGGGGAGGUCCGAACCGUCCACCCGUUCUGGGAAGAGGUGACCCCUGUGGUGGAGCUCAUCGUCAAGGUGAUUGACCAUGGGAAACCCUCCCUGUCCGCUGUGGCCAAGCUGAUCAUCAAGGCCUACACGGGGCCCCUUCCCGAGGGGGAGCCAAGGAUUAAUGAAGAACAGCGGCAGUGGGACAUGUCCCUCCCGCUCAUUGUCACCCUCUCCAUCAUCUCCGUCAUGCUCCUGGCCGCCAUGGUGACCAUUGCUGUCAAGUGCAAGCGAGAGAAUAAGGAGAUCAGGACGUACAACUGCCGGAUCGCUGAGUACUCGCACCCUCAGUUGGGCAAGGGCAAGAAGAAGAAGAUAAACAAGAACGACAUCAUGCUGGUGCAGAGCGAGGUGGAGGAGAGAGACGCUAUGAACGUGAUGAACGUGGUGAGCAGCCCUUCCCUGGCCACCUCCCCCAUGUAUUUCGAUUACCAGACGCGACUGCCCCUCAGUUCCCCCAGGUCAGAGGUCAUGUACCUUAAGCCCACUGCCAACAACCUGACUGUUCCCCAAGGACAUGUGGGCUGUCACACCAGCUUCACCAGCCCUGUGACUAACACCACUGAGACUCCGGUUAAUAGGAUGUCAAUAAUUCAGACAGACAAUUUCCCCGCAGAGUCCAAUUACAUGGGCAGCAGGCAGCAGUUUGUGCAAAGCAGCUCCACAUUCAAGGACCCAGAGCGAGCGAGCCUUAGAGACAGUGGCCAUGGCGACAGUGAUCAGGCCGAUAGCGACCAGGACACUAAUAAAGGUUCAUGCUGCGACAUGUCUGCCAAGGAGGCACUCAAGAUGAAGGCGACCUCUGCUAAAGCCCCUCCUCUUGAGCAGGAAGAAGAGUGUGUUAACUGUACAGAGGAGUGCCGAGUGCUAGGGCACUCAGACCGCUGCUGGAUGCCUCAGUUCCCGACAGGGAACCAGGCAGAGGGGGCGGACUACCGUACCAACGUUUUUGUACCGGCGGGGAUGGAGGUCGCUGUGGAGACGGAGACCUAUGAGACAGUCAACCCCAAUGGGAAAAAGACUUUCUGCACCUUUGGAAAGGAAAGGCGGGACCACACCAUUCUGGUGGCAAAUGUCAAGCCAUACCUGAAGGCCAAGCGGGCUCUCAGCCCCCUGCUCCAGGAGGUCCCCUCAGCCUCAAAUAGCCCCACCAAAAUGUGCUCGGCACCCUGUGCCUCUGGGAAAGGUCCCACAGGCGGAGCGGCCGAGGGAAAGUCGGGUGGCUGCGGCGGUCACUACGGCCCGCCCGACGGACAGUACCUGUCACCGAACAAGCAGGCGAAGGAUGCGACAUCACAUGUGAACUCUGACCCCGUGGCCAAGGCGCUGACGGACGUGCGCUCGCGCGCUAGCCAGGACUCCAGUGAGAUGGACUCCGUCCUGGAGCAGCUGGAUCACCAUGGCAACGCUGCCAACCUCCCCCAGGAGGGCAUGGAUGCAGACCAGGUGGUACGGGAUAUCGACAAACUCUUGCAGGACUGCCGAGGGAGUGAGGCCACGCCCCUCAGGAAGUGAUGUCAGCGGGGGGGCUAAGCUUUUGCAGGACUGCUGGGGGAGUGAGGCCACACCUCUGGAAGAAAUGACAUAAGUGAGCAAGGGCCUAAGAUUUUGCAGGACUGCCAGGGAGCGAGGCCACACCCACUCAAAUGGGUGGGGCCCUAUUUGACCUAAACUAAUAAAGGAAUGAAGUGUUUUUGGAUUUGGGAGGUGGCAUUGAGAAACCGACUAUGGAAUUCUUUCCUGGAAUUAAGCAUUUUAAGUGUCCACCAGCUCAUAGCCAAUUUCAUUUCAGUCCUUUAGCAGAAAUACCCCACUCGCACGCAACGGGCGUGUAUGUGUGUCCCUGUGUGUGCGUGCGUGAGUGUGUGCUUGUGCUGGAGAGUGUGUGUGUUCGCCGCAGAUAUGAUAGUGUAUCAUGACAAUCGGUGUAAAGGCAGAAUUUUCCAGAUGAGAGAGAGACAGAGAUAGAGAGAGACAGAUGGAGCCAGAGAGAGAGAAAGACACACACAACUUUUCUGAUAUUGAGAUAUUGUUGUUUGAUGGAGAAAAAAAAAAAAACCUGAAAAAUGAAUUUUUUUUGGUAAGGGCUGGUGGAUGGAGGGGUUAGGGGGGUUGGGUGGGGCUUUUAAGAAAAAUGUAACCAUUUUCCACCAUUAUGGUUCACAUGUGUAAACUGUAUUCCCUGACACAUUUAUCUGACACAUUCUAGAACAUUCCAGAUAGGUGAAGCGGUAAGACGCAUCAUGUUUGAAGUGUAAGCGCCUCAUUGGCCAUCAUUCUCCCCAUCCCUCAUGUGCAGUACUGUCCAUGUGUCCAACCCUGUAUUACAGUUAUCACACACCUGUAUAUAAGGGACAUUUUUCCUCUACUGUGAAAGAUAUAUAUAUAAAGAUAUAUAUAUAUAUAGUUAAAUAUGUAUACACUCAUGUAUAGUGUCCAAAUAUUAACAAAAAUAUUUAUACAUUUUGUAAAAAAAAAAAAAAAAGGAGUGAACAGAAAAAGAGAGAACAAAAAUGUGUUUAAAAUGACAAAGUGCAGUUAAUUGUGAAAUAAUUAUUUAUUAAGAAACUGCCGAGGACACUGCUAUGGCUCCGAGUUUCAAAAAGAAAAAAAAAAAGAAUAAAAAGGAAAUGUCCCUUCACAUAUCAUUGUACACAAUAUCAUUUAAUGUGUAAAUGUAUCAAAUUAAAUGUGUUUACAUCAAAAUGAAAUAUUUUUUAUUGAUUUACUGCAAUUUCUGUGCAUAUGAGCCAAAUUGUUAAGUGUAUAAGAGCUAUAUUGUGUAUUUUAUUAAAUUAAUAUAUAGUUGUGUUGCAAUAUACAGUACAUGGGCUUAUAUUGUAUUUGGCAACUGUUGCCGUGGUAGCCGUCGAACUCUAUGAGUUUACUUUCUUUUGUUCCACUGCUCUUCCUGCAGCAUUGAGCUGCAGAGCUUCAGUGCAGUCUCCCUUUGCAUUCGGUCCGAAUCACUCGGAUACAUAAACUGUUCAAAGCUUCACGAGCCAGCUCUUGGGAAACAAAAAAAUAGAAGGAAAAGCAACAAUCGCUGGCUCAAAUGAGCGCUCCUACUCAGCCAAUGUCAUGCUCCGAGGCAGCUACAUUUUCUUUUUGCUUUGUUUUGUUUCUGGAAGGAUAAAAUCUUGUCAUUUAUACUGCAGUUCUUAUUUCCUUUUUAAACGUAAAACUGCCUUACCUGCUCUGUGCCGAACACUUCUGGUGACUGUUGCGCCCGAGCCAGUGUGCCAGGCUGAAGGAUUCACAGAGGAAUGUGCCGUUUUUGAUUUUUGUAAAUUAGGACCAAAAAAAGGUUCCUGUUUGAGCAGUUUAUGUAUAUUCUGUAUGCACUGCAUUGUAUUCGUCAGAAUUUUCAUUCUCUCAAGAUUUAUCGAACUUGAUAACUGAAAUUCCAAGGAAAUUAUUUUCUUUUUUUUUUUAAAUGUCUUUUCUAAGCUGAGCACUAUUGAAGUAGUCAAAGCAUAAUUCAAAUAAUUUAAAGAGAUUAUUCUUUAAAAUCAUGUACAAUGAGGUUUCUAACAGCCUUGUGUGUUCACUUUUGCAGUUUUGUAAAAAUGCAAAGUUCUUUCUCAAAACUUACAGAAGAUCUUGGGGACACUUUACCGCUUUAAGUGAGCUGGACUGGGACUGGAAUAAUUUAAAAUGUGCUUGCAAGGAUUAAAUUAGAUGAAAACUGUGGAUAAUGAUGCCAUGCAGCCAUAUAUAAACAUCCAUGUACAAAGUCCAUUUCAAUCUUUAUAGACUCCUAAACAUGCAGGUCCUGAUCUUCUAUUCAUUGACCAUUUUGAAAAGGCCUAGCUUAUAAAAACCCAGAGAACAUAAAACUUCAAAUCAGCCAUUUUGUGAAAAAUUUCUUAUCAAAAUUUUUUGACUGAAUUCACAGUCAAAGGGUGUGCAUUCUUUGUAGACACUGUGAAGAAUAAGUUACCAUAUCUUCUGCUCACUGAUGCAGAACAGUUUGUUUUUCUUUUUUCUUUUGAGAGAGAAUUUGUUUGAUUGGUUCAGAGAAAAUUCAGUGAUUAACAGGUCAUUUUAUCUCCACCCGUUGUAGGGUUCAUGAAAUCUUACUCUAUAAUCACUAUACAGGAAUAAGGCCAGCUGUGGUCUGGGUGGCCAUGUCUUAAUGACAUAACUGGAUCAUUUAUCAUGCUAAAUUAGCACAGGUGACCAUAUGUGUUUGCUGAAAUUCUGAGCGCCCUGAACACACGGUUGCCCGCAUUAAAUUAAAGAUAAUCGAACCAAUUAUGAAACUGAGAGCCGGGAUGACACAAGGAGCCGCGUACAUCUCUGGCUUUCUGGCCCUACGCUGCCACGCCACUGUAGAGCAUAAACGCAUUGUUGUGAUUUUUAUCUUCCCUUCCCCUCCAUUCCUGUAAAUCAAUUUUUUCUUCUUGCUAGCUAGCUCAAAAUAGCAAUGAAGAAACUUUUUUUCUACCUUUUUCUCCACUGUCUGUUGUAGUAGCUUUAUCAACACACUGCCAGAGACGGGUUCUGGGAGAAGGAUGCCUUUGUGUUGGUUUCUAAAUUAGAUUUUUUAAAACUGGAUGACAAGCCUGACAUUUCUGACAUGCUCGACAUGUUUGCAAGAAUGCCGCAACAACCCAGAACAAGUAAUGAAACGCUGUGUUCCACACGCUGCUGAUCCCAGCACUACAAAAGGGCCGCUUCAGCCUGACAGAAUUAUUUCAUUUCCUGUCCCUCUCCUAUCACCGCUCGGUGACUAAAUCCUUUCAUUUAAAUGAACAACACUGUAAAGGAACAUAAAUGUUUUGAGAGAGGUAACUGAAACGCAGCGAUGGAUACGGAGUCUGCUUGUUGGUUUUUUUCCCCUCCUCCUGUUUUCAUGGCUUUCACCUGUUUGUGAGUGUGCGCGUGUAAACACUGUGCUGGGUCUGAGUAGUUAUUAACGCUGGAAAAGUAACUGUGUUCCUAAGUGUUUUGCAAACUUUCUUUUUUAAAGAAACCAUUGUCUCUUUGAACAGUUCUGCUUCUUAUUUUCCUACUUCUUCUGCGCUAAAAUAUUGUGCGAUUCUGAUGGACUGCUACGGGGUCCUGUGUUCAAAUUCAAGGCCAGUAAUUCAGCAGCAUAAAUAAGACUGUUCUCUGUGUGAAGUGUGAGACAUGCUUUAUUACCUUUGGCUUUCAAGCUAUUUGCUGGCUAAUGGAGUAGAAGUUGCUGAGGUCAACACGUAGUUGGAAAUCUAGUAUAAUGUACACCCCCUCAUUAUUGUCUAAUUACUUUCUUUUGGCAUUGGGAAGGAUUAAUUGCUGUAUUAGUGCGGAGGGGAAUUUCGGCUAUCAAAGUUUGUUGAUUUGCAGCAUAAUUGAAUGAAACGUGAUUGAGACCCUGGCGCUCUCGCUCCCUACUGGCCAGGGGCCCUCUUCCGACAUUUUCCAGCCACCCUAAACCACCCCUCCCACCCCCCCCCCCAGCCCCACCCUUUGCCAACCCUACCCUUCUCCUUUCAUUCCAUAGGGCUCUUGGCUACACUGGGCAACUAGAGAAUGAGAACAGAAACCUAUUGUACGGAUUAUCUCAACUGCUAUUGUCUAAUGGCUGUGUUCAAUGUGAUCUAUCUGGAAAAAGAAUUACUGAAUAAAAAAAAGAUUACUAAUA